AUGCUUGCUUCAGAGGAGUUGUUGCUCGCCCACGCCCGCGAGCGGAGGACGGAGGAUGUGCUGCGCGAGGCGGAGGCUCUCGAGUGUAGUUUGUCGGGGGCGGAGUUGGGGCCCUCGUCGUUGCUUCUCCGCGUCCUUGUGACGGCAUACCUUGUGCACAACGACGUGGUGAAUGCGACGCUGGCGCUGCGGCGGUGGGCUGCGGUCGGGGUUGACGAGCAUGAGGAAAGCGAGCGAGUGGCGCUGGAGUGCGUUGCCCGCCACUGUGGCCGUUAUGCGUAUGGCGAGGCCUUCCGGGCGGCACUACGUGGCUGCUGCAGUGGCCGUAUUGGUGGUAGUGCUGUUGGCGCUGCGGAUGUCGUGGGGUGUCUGACAAACUGUCUUCUGGACUGCUUGGCUGCGCGGCACCUCCACCAGCGGAGGAACUUCCACGGCGAUGCUGUUGGUGUGGACGGACACGCGGCAUCUCUUGGAGUGGCGCCAGAGGAGCUGGAGACACGGCUGCAGCGUGUGCGGGAGGAUGAGUUGCGGCGCAUGAGAUCCGAGGUGGGGCGUGGCUCGAGCGAGAAGAGGUGCGAUAUGCUGCGGUGCAUAAUGCAGGUUGGAAAGACCAUUUAG